AUGAGCCCUCCAGCCCCGAUUGCCAUCAUUGGCGUCGGCUGUAAGCUUCCAGGUGGAGCUAAUAACUUAGAUAACCUUUGGCAACUUCUGUCUGAGGGUCGUAAUGGACAGACAGAGAUUCCCAAAGACCGCUGGAACGCGGACGCGUGGUUCGACGCUUACCCAGAUGCGAAUCAGUCCAUGGUAACUAAGCGCGGGUAUUUUCUCCAAGAUGACAUCUCUCAGUUUGACGCCAAGUUCUUUGGAAUCUCUACUGCGGAAGCAAACUCAAUGGAUCCCCAACAACGUCUCUUUCUUAUGACGACGUAUGAGGCUCUCGAAGAUGCUGGCAUUCCUGUUGAGACACUGCGUGGGUCCAAUACUGGUGUGUAUGCCAGCAUAUUCGAGAGGAGUUACGACCGAAUGGGGCACAAAGACCUGUCGACAAUUGGCAGGACACACUUGAACGGGACAGGUGAAUCUAUCCUCUCAAAUCGGAUAUCUUACUGCUUUGACUUACGGGGUCCUUGCAUGACGAUCGAUACUGGCUGCUCUGGAAGUCUGGUUGGCUUGCAUCAAGCUUGCCACAGCCUUCGAUUGGGCGAGUCGAAUCUUGCCUUGGUAGGUGGCUCACAACUCGUCAUCCAGCCAGACGUUCUAAGCAUAAUGAGUGGUAUGGGAAUGCUCAACCCAGAUGGAAUAUCCUAUGCGUUUGACUCAAGAGGCGCCGGGUAUGGACGCGGUGAAGGCGUCGCUAUGAUAGUCCUCAAGCGUCUAGACAACGCACUUAAGGAUGGUGACCGGAUACACGCGAUAAUUGCCAAUUCGGGCAUGAACCAAGACGGCAAAACGCCUGGCCUGAAUACGCCAAGCAGUGAAGCACAAGCUGCUCUAUCGCUCCGUGUGUACCAAGAGGCUGGACUGAACCCUGCCGAUACAUCAUUCGUUGAGGCCCACGGUACUGGAACACAAGCAGGCGACCGCGAAGAGAUAGCGUCCAUAAACAAGGUCUUCUGCGAGGAUUCUGGUAGGACAGAUGACCUCUACAUCGGUUCAGUCAAAACAAAUAUCGGCCAUCUGGAGGCUACUUCUGGUAUUGCCGGUUUGUUGAAGUCUAUACUUGUCCUCAAGCAUGGCCAGAUUCCUGCCAACCUCAACUUCAUCAAACCAAAGCCGUCCCUGAAGCUCUAUGAGAAGAAGAUAAAGAUCCCCAGUGAACUUACAAAGCUGCCAACACCACGUAACAAUGGACCCGCUCGAGUAUCUGUCAAUUCCUUUGGCUACGGAGGAACCAAUUGUCACGUUAUUCUUGAAGCUCCAGAUUCCAAACACCAGCUCAACGGGAGUACGAACGGGACAUCGUCUCAUAAGAAUAACUCGGAACUGAGUAAAGGAGUCACCAAUGGAUCCCCAACCGCUCACUUGGCUUCUUUGAACGGAUCUCCAUCCGCUACUGAUGCCACUAUCACUCAAGACUCUAUACCGCAAUUAUUUGUCCUCAGUGCGUCAACUGAGAAGGCUUUGUCGUCAACCUCUGAGAAUAUUAAGCAGUGGGCAAGUACUCACCAGCUGGAGCCUCAGACUCUACGAAGUCUUUCUUACACGCUAGGUGCUCGCAAAUCUGCUCUUUCAUUCCGCCGCGCUAUCGUCGCAUCGACAUCCGCGGAGUUGCUAGAAGAGCUAGAACAAACAGUUCAUCCAAAGAGAGCGGCCACUCUUGCACCUCUCAGCUUUGUCUUUUCCGGGCAAGGUGCGCAAUGGUAUGCGAUGGGACGUGAGCUCAUCAGCUCCUCACGAUGCUUCCGAGAGUCAAUAGUGGCUAUGGACAGCACAAUCCGCCAGAAGGGAGGGACAUGGAGCCUCAUUGACGAGCUAGCCAAGGCGGACAACGAGUCACGGAUCAACAAGGCUGAGAUAUCCCAGCCUGCUACCACGGCUAUCCAGAUUGCACUUGUGGAUUUGCUCGACAGCUUUUCUAUUAGGCCCAGCCGGGUAGUUGGCCACAGCUCUGGUGAAGUUGCCGCUGCCUAUGCUGCCGGUGCCCUGAGCAGAGACAACGCCAUUAUUGUUGCCUAUCAUCGUGGUGUUGCCUCCUUAAAUGCGAAGGCAGCGGCUACAGUGCCCGGUUCGAUGAUGGCAGUCACUCUUGGAGAAGCCGAAGCGCAGCAAUACAUUGACCGGAUUACCACUGGAACUAUCAGUGUGGCCUGUGUGAAUAGCCCAUCGAGCAGUACAAUCUCGGGAGAUGUGGCUGCAAUUGAUGAGCUCAAAUCGUUACUCGACGCCGAGGGAAUCUUUGCACGCAAGCUCAAAGUCGAUACUGCCUAUCACUCGCAUCAUAUGCGGCGAAUCGCACAAGAUUACCAUGAAACGAUCCGAAAUAUUGAGUCUUCUGACGUACGGAGUGGUGUCACAUUCUUCUCAAGUGUUAGCGGUACAACUAAAUCAUCAGCAUUCGGCGCCGACUAUUGGAAAGACAACUUGGUCUCUCAGGUCAAGUUCAGCCAGGCGUUGGUUUUGUUGCGCGAUGAUCUGUUGAAAAACGAGCCAGGAAUGGACACGAGCAUUUUUAUCGAAAUUGGCCCUCAUUCAGCUUUGGCAGGCCCUGCUCGUCAAACACUCACACAAGCAGGAAGCGCAAAGUUCAAAUUUGAAUAUCUGUCUGCCCUGGUUCGCCAUAAAGACGCUGUACAGACGGUGUUGUCUCUUGCCGGCAAGACUUUUGAACUAGGUCUCAAGGUCAAUCUGGAGGCCGUACUGAAAAUGAGUGACGAAACACAGCCUGAGAUUGUCAGGGAUCUCAAAUCGUAUCCUUGGGAUCUUGCUCCAUUUUGGCACGAGUCUAGACUCAGCAAGGCUCAUCGCUUUCGCAAGUUUGCACCACAUGAUUUACUCGGUCUACUGGACCCGGCGAGCACCAUUCAAGAGCCACGUUGGAGAUACCACAUCAACUUGGACGCCCUGCCUUGGCUGCGUGAUCAUGUCGUCGAGGGCUUCACUUUAUAUCCUGGUGCAGGAUACUUGACCAUGGCCAUUGAGGCGAUGAAGCAGCUUGUGCAAUUGAGAGGCGCUCAGCAGUCGAUUGCAAAGUUCAUCCUCCGUGAUGUAACCAUUUCAAAGUCCAUUGUGCUCAACGAGUCGGACAACGACGAGCAGGCUGGCGAAGUUGAAGUACAGCUGAGCAUGUCCACCUCACGUCAGUAUGAAGGCAGUCGCUGGGAAUCGUUCCGAAUAUGGUCAUAUGAUAAUGUGAAUAGUUCAUGGUCCGAACAUUGCUCGGGUGAGAUCACGGUCGAGUAUGACAGCACUGAGGAUGAUGAGGUAAAUGGGACAAGAGAGACGGACCUGCGCAAAGAAGAGUCGAUGCAGCUACUCAACGAUGCCCGGCAAAGCUGUGGUUUGGAGAUGACAAAGGCCGAGUUCUAUGAGUAUGCCAAACUUACCGGCAACCAAUGGGACGGGGCUUUCAGUCCCAUCGAUUCUCUGAAAUACGGCAACAAACAAGGCCUUCUCGAUAUUAUCAUUCCAGACGUGGCUACUCUGAUGCCAUAUCGCUCAUUCCGACCUCAUGUCAUUCACCCAAUCACCCUCGAUGCUGUCCACCAACUCAGUGGCAUGCUCUUUAAGAAGUUUGUGUCAAACGCUCCUUGCGUGCCGACUAAGAUUACUCUGCUGGAAAUUGACGCCAAUAUUUCAGCAAAAGCGGGCGAUAGUCUGACUGCUGCCAUGCAGAUUGAACCCGAUGGACUAAAAGCAUCUACAGGCCAGUCUUGGGUGUUUCAACAAGAUGGCGAUGGUCAGCUCAGACCCGUUAUCAAGCUUUUGGUCAACCUCAGAGCCAUUGGCGAGGCGCAUCAAGAUGAGAACCGGCCUUUCGUUCAGGAUAAGGUAAACCGACUGGACUGGAAUCUCGACGCAGACUUUAUGACAGAAACGUCAUUCUCUCACUUUCUUUCCACCACACUGGGCUUGGAUGAGAACAUGACGUACAACUAUGAAGGCAGCAAUGUUUCUGCUGUCGAAGCUGAGGAGAGCUUCCGCACAGCUGACCAAGCAGCUUCUAUCUGGAUUCGAGAUGCUCUGAUCCAUAUUGAGGCUAACAACGUUGAGAUCACGAGCCCUCAUCUAGUCAAGUAUCUUGGAUGGAUGAAGAAAUGGGUCAACUCUGACUACUACGGCGAGAUCAUGUCAGGCUUGAGCAUCGAGGAUGAAGUCGGCAUAUUGCAGCGCAUUGAUUCUCUCACUGAUGCACCCGAGCUACAACUGCUUGCACGUGUCGGUAGAGCCCUUCCCAGCAUCCUAGGUGGCACACUCGAACCCCUGAGCGUCAUGCUUGAGGGGAACCUCCUGAUACGGGCUUACGAGGGCGGAACCUUCAGUGGUGACUAUGAGGCUGCAGUUGCGUAUCUUCAACUUCUCACCUUUAAGAAUCCACGCCUUCGCUUUUUGGAGAUUGGUGCUGGUACAGGAGGCUGCACAAAACGACUUCUCGAAGGAAUUGCCGGCCACAACAGCGGUGAAGGCCUCCCUAUUGAGCAGUACACGUACACGGACAUAUCAAGCGGCUUCUUUGAAGAGGCCCGCAGGACAUUCUCUGACUGGGAGUCUUGCAUGGAGUUCAAGACAUUGGAUGUGGAAGGAGAUCCUCUCAAGCAGGGCUACCAGCCCGAAUCCUAUGACGUUAUCGUGGCAUCCAACGUUCUACAUGCGACGAAGCGGAUGGAUGUCACGAUGGAGCAUGUGCGAAAGCUUCUACGACCCGGCGGAAGCCUCAUCCUCGUGGAGAAUUCACCUAAGGGCGCAGUCAUUGGUCUCAUCUUUGGCACGUUGUCUGGAUGGUGGGCUCACGAGGAUGAAUUCAGAGAGGACACUGCGCUGAUGUACAGGGAACAAUGGGAUACGAUCCUGUCGCGGAACGGCUUUGGCGGGAUUCAUGUUGCACGCAAUAGCAUGAUGGUUUCCAAAGCUGUGCCCUUGUUGAUCAACGGGCAUGGUGUGGGAAACAACAAAGUUGUACUCAUUAAAGACACCGCCGAUGAUGUUAUUGACGGGAUUGCCAAGCAUGUCAAUGAUACUUCGACUGAGGUUGAGAUAAGCGAGCGCAGUUGGAAUCAAUUGGACAUCAGCGAAGACACGCUCUACUUGGUCAUUGAUCGGGCUGAGAAACCUCUACUCCUCGACCCUCAACCUCAACUCUUCACAACACUCAAUGCUCUUCUUGCCUCAAAGGCUAGAAUCCUCUGGGUUGUCGUUCAAGAUACUCCCGAUCCCGUGUCCACAGCAUACAAAGGCGUGGUGAAUGCUGUUAUUCGAGUCCUUCGUCGUGAAAGUGGCAACACUGGAUUUGUCACCCUUGACAUCUGUGAUCCUACUCUUGACCCAAAGGUGGCCGGACAAGCAGUGUCUGACAUCUUGAAAAAGUGCUUCUGGCCCGACACCUCUGAUCAAAAGUCUCUGGAACCUGAAUUCUCGUACGAGAAUGGUCGCGUGUCGAUUCCUCGAGUGUUGCCAGAUACGACCUUCUUGAAAUGGGCUCGAAGCAGCUGGGACGACUCGACGACUGCGACUGAGACGGAGACCGCUCUUCAUCAAGGUGACAGAGCCCUCAAGCUUGAAGUAGCUACUCCUGGUUUGCUAAGCUCCCUCCGAUUCGUGGAUGGCGACUUGUUGCCCGAAUUGGGAGCCGGUGAGAUUGAAGUCAAAGCCGAUGCCUUUGGCGUCAAUUACAAGGAUGUCUGUGUGGCCCUGGGACAAACGAACUCCGAUACCGAAAUGGUUGGUGAAUUUGCUGGUGUCGUGACAGCCGUCGGCCAAGACAUGAAAGACCUUUAUGAGGUUGGAGACAGGGUCAUGGGCUUUGGUGCUCAGCCAUACAGCAACCUGUCUCGCGUCAACGGUUACCAUGCCCACAAGACGCCCGGUUCAAUGAGCAACAUUACUGCAGCUUCGAUGUCUUAUGCAUAUGUGGCGGCAUACCAAUGCAUCAAGAACGUGGCUCGCCUUGAACAGGGCCAAUCUAUCCUCGUCCAUUCUGCUUCUGGAGCUGUUGGCCAAGCGGCGAUCCAACUUGCCCAGUCCAUUGGAGCAGAGAUCUUCUGUACAGUUGGACGCCGUGAGAAACAGCAAUUUCUUGUGGAUGAGUACGGUGUUCCGGAAAGCCACAUCUACUCCAGCCAGUCAGGUUCAUUCAAACCAAGCAUCAUGCGUCUCACCUCUGGAGAGGGUGUAGAUGUCGUACUCAACACAUCUACAGGAGAGAUGCUCAGAGAUAGUCUUGACUGUGUUAAAAGCCUGGGCGUCUUUAUUGAGCUGGGGAAGAGUGAAAUGCAAAAGGCCUCUCGUCUAAGCAUGGCCUCUUUCGAGAAGUCAAUCACGUUCAACACCUUUGAUCUGGUAACUCUGGCUACACGAAAGCCUAAGCAGAUAUACCAAAUGCUUGGUGAAAUCAAAGAACUUCUCGGGUCCGGGGUACUGCGCCCAGCUCAGCCCAUUAACGAGUAUCCCAUCGAACAGGUGGAGGAUGCCUUUCGACUUAUGAGCGCAAGAAAGCAUAUUGGAAAGGUUGUUCUGGUUGCACAGCCCACAUCAGUUGUUAAAUGCCUGCCGGCAAAGCCGACGCCUCUCAGACUCCGCAAAGAUGGUACUUACAUCGUUGCAGGAGGUCUCGGCGAUCUCCCCUCACGGAUCUCUCGCUUUUUCGCUGCCCGUGGAGCUGGCCAUAUCGUCUCCCUCUCUCGACGCACUAUCGACGAGGAGACGAGACGGAAACACGUGGCAGCAGUGGAAGCGCAUGGUGGCACACUGCACAUCCUGAAGUGUGAUAUCACCAACGAGGAGCAGAUGAGAGAAGCUGUCUCACAUUGUGAUGGGUUGCCUCCUGUUAGAGGUGUUGUGCAAGGCGCAUUGACGCUCAGAGACCGAACUUUCUCUCAAAUGACUGUUGACGAGUGGAAGCAGCCGCUCCAACCCAAGAUUGUUGGAACCAUCAAUCUUGACAAGUAUUUCGCCAGCCCAGACUUGUCCUUCUUUGUGGCACUGUCAUCUAUCGUGUCUGUCAUUGGAAAGUCUGGUCAGUCGAACUACGCAGCUGGUAACGGUUUCCAAGACGCCUUUGCUAGGGCUCAUGCCAACCACCCGCACACUCAAUAUGUCUCCCUCAACAUCGGCGCUGUCUCCAUUGAUGCCCACGGCGCUUUGGAGGCAACACAGAACGAGACCGCAAUCAGUACUAUCAGGGCAAGUCUUCGUCAAAACAGUGUAAUGGAUAUCUCGUUUGACGAGUUCUUCGCAAACUUCGAAUACAUCAUGACCGAUGCUGCUCGAAAGGGUGGCCUACACCAGUCCAUCCAAGCAGUAACGCGUCAAUCUAUGAUGGAGGCCAACGACGAGUAUCUGCUCGAUAAUCCUGUUUUCGGCCUACUACCACACGCAUUAGAGAAAAAGGCCACUGGCACCACUAAAACCGACAAGAUCGACUUUGCAGAGGCACUGGCUGGAGUGAAAACCAUGGCUGAGGCGGAGCAGCUGAUCCAAGACGCUGCACUCGCCAAGUUUGCUGUCUUCCUCGACAGGCCUGUGGAGGAGAUUCGGGUUGAUCAGUCGCUAGCCACCAUUGGACUGGAUUCUCUCGUCAGCAUCGAGUUGAAGAACUGGAUGGUGCGCACAUUCCAGGUCAAUCUGCAGACAUCUGAAUUGAGCGGUGCCGGCAGCAUCACAGCUCUCACGGCCACGGUUGCUUCACGAUCUAAGCUGAUUCCCGAUGAGAUCCGCCAAUUACGCCCGAAGGAGGAUGCUCCUGUCCAAGAAGAAUCAGCUACGUCGAAACUUGAACAGUCUCACACUGACCAUGGCUUUUAUUGUUGCCGUACGUGCAAAGAUUUGCCCAGAUACCCACUCGUCGACCUAGACGAGGCCGUCAAAGACCUUCUCAACAGCGUGGGUCACUUUUCUCACACUCGAGAUGAGUACACCGAGCUCAGUCGCAAAGCCCAUGCUUUAGCAGCACCAGGUAGUCUUGGUCGCAGACUGUACAAUAAGCUGCGUGUCAAGGCUGAUGAUCCCAACGUUGAGAGUUGGAUCGCCAACCUCCUUCUCAAGGCCCUGCAUCUCAAGCGCAGAUACCCGCUGGCACCGUUUGGUAAUUUCUUGGGUACACACUUUGAUAGCCCGAUACCUCACACCCAGGCAGAGCGAGCGGCGCUCCUGACUACAACAUUGUACGAAUUCAAGGCCGACCGUGACGCGCACAGGCUGGAACCUGAUUUCCUUGGUACCAGGGCUAAUUGCGGGCACUCACUGUCCUGGCUGUUCAAUGCUGUAAGAGAGCCAAACGUCGACUGUGACAAAAUGAUGAGGUACCCAGAUAAUGAGUACGUUGCCGUGUUGCGAAGGGGUCAUCUCUUCAAAGUCCCGCUGAAGCAAGGAGAUACAAACAUUUCGUAUCACAUGCUCAAGGCAACGUAUCAGGCAAUCGUUGAUUUGGACUUGAAAGAUAAAUCUUGGGCUGGCAUGUUGACCACUGACAAUCGCGAUUCAUGGGGUUUAAACCGACAGAAGCUACUCUCACUGGACAGUAGAAACACAGUGUAUUUCGAGACGAUUGAGGCUUCUGUAUUCGUCAUGUGUCUCGACGACGAUAGCCCCAUCACACGCGCAGACCGAGUCCGCUCUGGUUACAUUGGCGACCCCUUCAACCGCUGGCACGACAAAUGCGCUCAACUUAUUGUCACCGCCAACGGGCGUUCGGCAACCAUCUUCGAGCACUCCAUGAUCGAUCUCAUGACGGUCUCUCAGCUUUCCCAGCGACUACAAAGUGCCAUUACCACUCAUGACUCUGGUAAUAUCCCAUCAAGUAACGGUAGCUGUGCUGUCGAUGCGGAUAGUCUCAAGGAGAUUCCCUUGGUGACGACUGAGGGCAUUGAUAGCCACAUUCACACCCUCCGUCAAGACUACCUUGCCAUUACAUCCACAAAGCAAUAUGUCCCACAUCUCGUUAACUCAUUUGGCAAAUCCCUCCUGCUGAGCCACUCCGCGCCCAUCAAGGCGACCGUCGACCUAACAAUCCAGCUAGCCAGUCGACUAUACUUUGGCUACUUGCCAGCAAGUUGGGAGACGGUAUCGACAGCACAUUUCCACCUUGGCCGUCCAGAGAUUGUGCAAGUGGUUCUGAGGUCGGUCAUGGACUUUUGCGACGCUGCUCUUGACGAUGCCGUCCCACGUAGCGAGGUACGCGCAAAACUCCUACAGGCAGCUCGCGAGUGUAAUGCGCAAAUCACAAAGGGUACAGAAGGGCGCAACUACUUCCGGUUGAUGGAUGUGAUCGAAACCAUGUCGCAGGAUCAGAAGGACGAAGACAUCCCAGAACUAUUCUCCGAUCCGGUCUGGAAGAGAGGCUACCCGCAACUGAUUAUGCAAACAAUGGUGGAAACAAAGCUGGCAGAAGACCCGGGCUUCACUAUGCCGGAUCCAGAGUCUGUGUGGAUGAACUAUACUGUGUUUGAUGAUUCGCUUGAAGUGUGCUUUGUUAGUCCAUCGAAGAGCGCAGAGCGCUUUGCGGCGGCUCUAGACCGAGCAGCAGAGAUUAUGAAAAACAUUAUCUCAGCAAGGGAUGUGUAG